AUGAAAAAUUGGAAGGUUGUAAAGCCACAGCAAGCCAAAGCGCCCAAGCCUGUUAGAAAGGCAAAGUGCAACAGAUUCAGAUGCCUUGCUAUUUUGGUGGGGAUUAUUGCAAUAUUGUAUGCUGGAUUCUAUUCUGGCUGCAUCGGCUCUAUGGCCGAAAAAGUAAGCAAUAUGCCUGAGCUACAGGGGGUAUUCAAGAACGAGUAUUUCAUACUAGCCAAAAGAACAGCGGAGCUUGCAAUGCUGCGGGUGGAAAUUCUUCUUAUAGGGGGGUGCGCCAUAGCCCGGAAAAUGCUCUGCUGCAUGUGCACUGGCGUUUCUGGAGUUCUGGAGAAAAUUCCUGGCUAUGACAAACUCAAGAUCACGAUGGACAAAUGUGAGUACUGCAACUGUAUUAGAUCUUUCUUACUUAAUGCGCAGAAAAGAGGGCAGAAUUUGCUGAACUCUCUUCUGGAAAAGGCAAAAGAACUAAAAGGCAACAAAUAA